UAAAAAUAAAACUUUUUUAUGGAAAAAAAACCACUAACUGUAUAGCCUGACUUUUUGAAACAACUUGCUUUAACAAUGGAUGAAUAGACAAUGGAUACAAAUAUGGACUCUUUUUCUCCUAGAGAUCAGUUUUCCCCUGUUUGCUCUUGUGCUAUCUUGUUUAAAAUUAAGUCCUACCCAAAACCCUUUAACAGAGAAAGAAGGGGGAUGGAUGGAGUCACUGAAGCAGUAGUCAUGAGCUUAAAUGGACUCCAGAAGAUGGUAGAGAAAGGCCUGGAAGAACGUUGUCCAUGGGGGUCGUGAUGGGUCGGACACGACUUCGCAACUAACAAGCCCUUUAAAAUGAAUAUGCACUUAUUCAACACCAGCUUUGGACAAAGAAAUUUGUGUUACUGAAUCAUGGGACCAUAGCUACGGGUUUAGACCAUUGCUGCCUACCAUUUUCUCCACAUUGAUGAAAACAAGGAAAGUCGUAAGAAAAAGGUUCAGCUCCCUGUUAAAUAUAUGCAUGGAUACUACACUUCACUUUAAAUGUUGCUGAUGUUUGUUCCCUCUGCUGGACAGUUAAUUUAAUAAGAAGAACUCUUAAAAAGAUCAAAGAAAAAUUACCUGUUAAAACUCUAUAUAUUUAUUUUUCAAAAAUUACUUUUUUUUUUUACUUGAAAGUUUUUCCUUUGAAAAUAUCAUUGCCAUCCUGGCUAAUCCUAAAUCAGAAUGGCUCUAUGCCUUAAGCAAGUUUUUAACAAAGACAAAACAUUUCGCCCUCGUAAGAAAUUUGAGCCGGGCACACAGCGGUUUGAGCUGUACAAGAAAGCCCAGGCUUCCCUCAAAUCAGGACUAGACUUAAAGACAGUGGUCCAAUUGCCCCCAGGGGAGAACAUCAAUGACUGGAUUGCAGUGCACCUCGUGGACUUCUUCAAUAGGAUAAAUCUCAUUUAUGGGACCAUAUCUGAGUUUUGCACUGAGAAGAGCUGCCCCAUUAUGUCUGGUGGCCUGAAGUAUGAAUAUCGAUGGCAGGAUGAUUAUCGAUUCAAGAGACCUACCAAGCUUUCAGCACCACAUUACAUGGGCAUGCUGAUGGACUGGAUUGAGACACUAAUUAAUAAUGAAAACAUCUUUCCUACUAGAAUAGGUGUACCUUUCCCCAAGAAUUUCCAGCAAGUCUGCACAAAGAUCCUCACACGCCUCUUCAGGGUUUUCGUCCAUGUUUAUAUCCACCACUUUGACAGCAUCAUCGGUAUUGGUGCUGAAGCUCAUGUCAACACUUGCUACAAACACUUUUACUACUUCAUCAAUGAAUUCAGCUUGGUUGAUCAAAGGGAAUUAGAACCACUGAAGGAAAUGACGGAAAGGAUUUGCCAUUAAGGAUAACUUAGACAAGGUUGCAAGAUCAACAUUUAUAUGGACAAGGUGUUCUGAUGAUGCUCCAACGGACAACUCCCUAAGAAUCUGAGGAACUUUCAGUCCCCGAGUAAGCUUCCAAUACAAUUUAAAUUAAUUUCUAUGGACUUCAAGUAAUUUUAUUUUCCUUUCUCUCACUCUGUGGCCUUGUGAUUCUUGCCACCUAUAUUGUUUUAUUUUGCAUUCAUCCUCCGGAAGCUGCAGAUAGCCCAUCUACAAUGGCUGGAAAAUGAGGAAAAUAUUCCAAGUGGAAAAAUGUCACCAUCCUGCAUUGCCUGUCAAAGAACAAAAGAUUUUUCUGUAAUUCUAUCUUGUACUUCAAGGAAGCAUGGAUGAUCCUUCAAAAAUGUGAAUAAAUCUUUCUAAUAAAUAACUAAAAAUAGUUUAAUUUAGAAAGGCAGAGAUACUGCCCAGCGGGAUGCAAGUUUGAUGGAUGGUAGAGAAAUGUGAUAGAUAAAUAACUAAACAAUAAAAUAUUUUGAAAAAUAUAAUACCACUGAGAUUAUUUGAUUGGAAAACUAUUUUUUCCCCUGUAAAAUACAAGUGAAUAAGCAAAUAAAAAUAUUUCUUGGAAGCAUUAAGCA